CAGGCUCGGGGUCCAAAGAAGCAUUUAAAGCGCUUAAAUGCACCGCAUCAUUGGAUGCUUGAUAAAUUGUCUGGUAAAUUUGUAAGUAUGGCUUUUGAAAUACCUUCAUAUUGGAUCAUACUUAUAUAGAAGUCUUGAAGAAGAUAGGUUUUUAUCUAAGGCUGUCCAAAAUUAAGACAGAGAACAAAUGUCAGAGCAACAAGUUGAUAUAUAUAUAUAUUUCGAUAAGAUAGGUCCUUCCAUCUCACUGUUCUUCUUCUUGUUGUGAGAGAAGAUCAAAACAUUUGAUCUCGGAAUGGAAUCUUUAUGAGUAUUAUUUAAACGUUCAAAGUGAAUUUGAAUAGUACAUUGUGUUGCUCGUGUCGCUUCCCUUAUCUUUUCUCACACUUUUUUCUUCCACUGGGAGAAUACUUAGUUUGCAAGCAAAGCACAGAAACAACCAUCAGAAUUGUUCAUUUUUGUGCUUGUGCUUAUAGUAUUAAUUAAUUGAGACAACCAGUGGGCAGUUAGUUCUCUUACUUUGUAAAGCUUUAAAAAUUUAUUGCAAAACGUGUUUGUUUUUGUUUGAAUUUAUAGUUGUGUUAUUAAAAAAAACUAUUCUCAAGAAAGAUAAUGCAGUCAUUAUUAUUAUUAUUUUGUUUUUUUGUAGGCACCACGUCCAUCCACUGGUCCCCAUAAAUUGCGUGAAUGUUUGCCAUUGAUUGUUUUUCUGAGGAAUCGCCUCAAGUAUGCCCUCACAUAUGAUGAGGUGAAAAAAAUCCUCAAGCAGAGGUUGAUCAAGGUUGAUGGGAAAGUCAGGACUGAUGUCACCUACCCAGCUGGCUUUAUGGGUAAGAUGUCUUUGUUUAUUGUGUUAGCUGAGGUUUAACCCUUAAAUCCUUAAGAGUGACGAGCAUCUAAUUUCUCCUCCCAAUAUCAUCCUUAAAUCAAAUGUUAGGGUCACAAACAUAAAGGAAAUGAUCAGGAACUAAAGAAGCUUUAAACUGUUAAUCAAAUUCUCCUCAGCAGAACCUUAGAAAAUGUAUAGAGAACAGUAUGGAGAAUAUACAUCCUAAUGUUGAGGUGUGGUUCAAUUCCAAUGUAUAUUUCUGAGACUCCUCUUUAUACAUAUAUUUACGAGAGAAAAAAUUUGCAAUAAGCCUUUUACCCAUUACCUCAGAAAUGUUUUCAUUUUGGGGAGAAAUGGAAAACUUAAAUUUGAGGAAGUUAUGAGGGUUGAAAUUUGUUCUCUUCGUUUCCUCUUUACAUGAUUGUAAAUAUUGCCAUUUUUUUGGUCAGGAUAACUCUCUUGUGAUCAUGCCAAAAUUAUCAGCUGAAUAGUGAGACUACUGCCCCCCCCCCUUGCUUUUAAACAAACAUUUCCUAGUAUACAGUUGUUUUAUGUCUGUUGUCUACACUAGCAAUUAAGGAUCUACCCUAAGUCCAGGUAAAAUUACCUCUUUCCUCCAGUGCUAUUAUUACAAGGUACUGAAUAGUUUUUAAGCUAUGCUUGCUGUCAUAGGGUGAGUAAAUAUCCACUAUGGCUGAAUUAAGGAUAUAAACUCAAUUGAUCAGCCAAUACUAAAUUUCAUUUUGGCAAUUAGUGUACUGUUAUGAUUUUCAUGUUGAAGAGUAACUCCCAAAGUAACAAAUACCUCAUACUCUUUUCCCUGGACAAUCUAGAUGUCAUCUCCAUCGAAAAGACUGGUGAGAAUUUCCGCCUGUUGUACGAUGUGAAAGGUCGCUUCACUGUUCACCGCAUUACUGGUGAGGAAGCCAAGGUGAGUUGCACAAUAACAUAUGCCUAUCCAAGGAUUUUUAAUAACCUCCUUUUAAUAAGAAAUACUCCAUUUUAUAAAUAGCAUGAGAAACAAGCUGUCAUAAAAUACAAGCUUUAGAUUUGGCAAGAUUUUUUCUUUAAAAAAUAAAGGGAACUUUAAUUGUAGUUUGGCUUGAGUUGUUCUUUGAUCAUUUGUAUUUAUGCCAACCACCAUGAACUCUUCCUAAAAAUUGAGCCUUUAGCAAGGAGUUGUUGUGUACACCUGAACUGUUGCUGCUUACUCUAAUAGACAUGAAUGAAAAAAAAUUAUCAUUAGAUAUUUGCUUAAGGGAGAUAAAAGAAGUUCAGGACUUGACCAUCAACUCUGCAUAUUGACAGGUUUCAUUUUAUAUCUUUGAACUUAUCCACUAGUCUAUCCAGACACAAAGUGACACAAAUUUACACAUGAUUGUGUUUCAAUGCUACACAUGUCCAAAGCAGUCAGUUAUGGUGAGUAACAUAUGACUUUGGGCUUGCUCCUUUUUUUGUUUGACUUUGCAGUACAAGCUUGGUCAAGUGCGACGCGUGGCCACUGGCGCCAAGGGUGUUCCCUACCUUGUUACCCAUGAUGGUCGUACCAUCCGUUAUCCUGACCCUCUUAUCUCUCUGCACGACACUGUGGUAAUUGAAAUCAAGAGUGGUAAGAUCAUUGACUUUAUCAAGUUUGACACUGGAAAUCUCGCUAUGGUUGUUGGAGGACGCAACAUGGGCCGAGUUGGAAUUGUUACUCAUCGUGAGAGACAUGCAGGUGUGAAAUUGAUAGUUUGGGCAACUGAAACUAGAAGAGCAAUUCUUUUUUUCUGUCCUAUCUUCUGUAAACAGGGCUGCAUAAUGUGCAUGUUAUGCUAGAGAUCUUAGGCCUAGCUCAAAGAAUUUACUCUUUAAAAUAGGAUGGAGUAUCUUGUGUUAGAUCAUUUGGAACUUUCACAAGGAGUUUUCAAAUGAGUGGUUGAUUGAACUUUAAAAAUCCAAACAGACAUACAUGCAAAAAGUCUUUUCAUCACUGGGUUAGGAUUCAUCGAGAAAAUAUUUUGUUUCAUUUAAAAUGCAAUAAAGUGUAAUUAAAAGGACUUGAAUUCAAACAGACUCCAAGGUUUAUAGGUCCUCUCAGGUCCAUUCCUGGCCAGACCGCCUUCAAAACCAUAGACAAUCAAGAAAUGAAAAACAGUCUGAGAAAGUGCUUUAAGUUUAGUAGCACAAGAUAUUAGCUUCUGAAAAAGCUUUCAAACUGAUGCCAUUCAACCAAUAUCUUAGUUAGUGUACAUCAUUUCCAGGUUCAUUUGACAUUGUCCAUGUGAAAGACAACACUGGCCAUCAGUUUGCCACGCGUAUCAGUAACAUCUUCAUCAUUGGCAAGACCAACAAGCCACAUGUGUCCCUGCCCAAGGGCAAGGGUGUCAGGCUUACUAUUGCUGAGGAGCGAGACAGAAGACUGCAGGAGAAGGCCAAAAUGAGCUCCAUGUAA